CAAUUACAUACAUUCUGUAUAGCCUUUCUUGUGCAAAAUUCGGACGGGAUUUCCGCGCCCAACCUCCACAUUCCUAACUGGACUGCGCACUGGACUCGACAUUUGACAUUAGCCUAACGUCACACUCGCACAUAGCAAAAUGAAGCUUACAAAGCAGCAUGACGUUGCGGCACAUGAUGAAGGCGUAUGGUCUGUGGCAUGGAUCCCAGGAACACAAAGCUUGCUAACCGGAUCUGUUGACGAGAGUGUUAAGCGCUGGGAUGUAACUGAUCAAGGACUAUCGGAGGUCUAUAAGCAGGAGGGUCACGGACUGGGCGUCAUUUCGGUGGCUGCACAUGGGUCGGGACAAUUUGCAGCAUCCAGCUCCUUGGAUUCGCUCAUACGCGUUUGGGACGUAAACGACCAAACAACAAACAUUUCAGUAAUAGAAAUGGCGCCCACGGAGACCUGGACUGUGGCGUUCGGACCACAACCUGAUGCCAUCGACCUGGCUGUGUCUGGUGGGACACGUAACACGGUCGUCCUAUGGCGCAUUGGCGAUGGCAAGACGGAAAACGUCGGGGAACUAGCAGCACCAACGGCCGCCGCGGAGAGUAAGGCCCACAAGCGCGAGCAAUUCGUGCUGAGCUCCGCCUACAGCCCAGACGGCUUGCGGCUUGCAGCGGGCUGCAUGGACGGAACUGUGGCGAUCUGGGACCUGACCACGUCCAAGCUGCUGGGCAAGUGCGAGGGACACCACAAGCCCGUGCGCAGCCUCACAUUCACGAGCGAUAGCCGCAUGCUGCUGACUGCGUGCGACGACAUGCACGUGCACCUGUACGAUGUGGAGAGCUGCAACCUCAUCGAGUCGUUUUCAGGCCACGAGUCCUGGGUGCUCUCUGUAGCCAUGCACCCCGGCGGCGCCGCCUUCGCCAGCGGCGGCAGCGACGCGCGGGUCAAGCUGUGGGAUAUCAACACGCGCACGUGCGUGCAGACCAUGGCAGCAGACCACACGGACCAGGUGUGGGGCGUGUCGUUCAGCAGCUCGGGCAGCCACCUCGCCUCCGUGGCGGAUGACAAGCGGCUGGUGGUGUAUGCGGUGGCGUGAGGGGGGGGGAUGAGGUGGAUGAGGAGGAGGUGUUUGGCGAGGAGGGGUAGCGCAUAAGGAAGGGAAGCUGUGUUUGUACACUGGGCAGGGCUGGUGUGGGGGAGGAUGGGGCGAAUGCGGACGAGGAGGAGGAGGUGCUGUGGAAAACAAACGGCGAAUUGCAUUGGCGGAAGCGAGGUAGUGACGGUUUACAGGCGGUGACGUGGUUGGUUGUCAGGCGCCCACGGAGGCAUGGGACCCCACUGCUGAGCGGUCUGAGGAGGUACUUGGCAGCGGGUGAUGCUGGUUGGGUUGCCAAUGGGUGUUGGUGGUUGCUGAAGGAAGGUGGUUGGGGUGUAAGGAAUGGUUGAAGUAAGUUCUGUGUGGAGUGUUGACAAAGUGGAGAGUAUGGUAUCGGUAUUGCCGCGCCCAUAC